AUGAACCCGUCGUCAGCGGAGUUGCACACUCCACUCAUUCGUGUGAGGCAAAUGUAAGUUCAGAGGUAAUCUUGAGGGAUUUUUAGGACUCUUCAAUAUUAAACUAAAAAUUUGUUUAGAGCAGAAUGUAAUUACCAACCACAACCUUCAACUCGGCUUCUGUCUGCUUGCGGUAAUCUCGGAGACUAUAUAGUUGUUGAGAAAGAUGGAAGGCUCAGUUCGAUUAAAGACGAUUAUUCCAUCAAGAAGAUCAUUGACUUCCAGAAGCCUGUAAAGGUAAACUCUACAUUAUGAUAUAUUCUUUUAUUUAGGUCGCAUUUGCUAAUGGAUGUCUAAUUCUUGUAACGGCGGAUGGGUUUUGCUUCCGUUCGGUACUUGUUGCGAACAGUUCGCUAAACGAACUUGUUUUUGGUCAACACAACGACACUAUCUAUAUCGAAUUUUCAAAGGAACAGGUUUGUUUUGACUUAGAUUCUUUUGAUUUCUCUUACAGGCCGAGGCAUUAUUGCAUUUGGAGGACAGCGUCCAAGGAGGGUCGUUUCUAAUCUCCAGUUUCUUGGAAGAUGUUCGACGGUUUGUUGAUUCUGGAGAUGAAUCCUCAGUUGUGCCCAUAGCGUUGACAAAACAGUUGUUUAAUGAGUUGGAAAUUGCUUUAACCUCAAAUGAAGCAACACAUUCGUAUGCCUUCCAUCUCUUGGAAAAAAUGAGAGUAUGUCAUUAUAAAACAGGUAAUAUUUUUUCAGUUCUUCCUUGAUCCGUUCAAGCCAUAUAAUGUCGACAUUCCUGCGGAUACAUUCCCAUAUUCAACCCAACAAGAUGUUUGCCGUGUUUCAAAUAUGACUUCUGAAGCCGCCCGGAGAUUAUCGUUCUAUAGAUGGCCUAAGGGUGAAUGUCUGUUUGCACAACCGAAAAACCUUGCUAAUGCUGGAUUUUUUUUGCGUCCUUCGGCUGGAAAUCUGGAUCGAGUUUGUUGUUUUUCAUGCGAAGUUUGUCUUGUAAACUGGGAGCCUCAGGACGAUCCUAUUCGAGAGCAUGUAGAGCAUAAUUCCAAGUGCAAUUUUAUGAAUGGAAUGGAGAAACGAAAUAUCACAUUUGAAGAGACCAAGGCCAUGUUGCCGUUUCUGUCAUGGGCCCAAAUUGAGCAAAGCGAUGUAAAAAUAUCCCCUGAAGAAAUUUUGGUAGGAAGUUGUGACACGAGUUGUUCAUGGAUAGCAACUGCCGUCUCCCCGCUGCCCGGUCAUAACAAACCGAGCAUCUUUCUUUUUGAUUUAAACAAAGUUUCUCAGAGACCUGUUGAGAUUUUGUUGGACUUAUAUGCGACUUGUAUGGCUGGUUCUCUACAGUCGCGACCGGAAGAGCCGAGAAAAUCGACUGGGGCAUUUGAUUGGUUAAACAGUGUCAACGACAUUGCGAAUAUUAUCGAUGGAAAUCAGAAGUCAGAAUCCCCACUAUGCACAAUUACCUCGUUAUGCACAACGAGUUCCCUAGAUGAAAAUGUGCAGAUUACUAGUAGUGAUAAGAUUAUCGCUCUCCUUUGUACAUCGGUUUUGGUAGACGAAACGAGGCUUAAAAAAUGUAUGUGUCUGGUUGAUUUUGUAAUGUUUUGAGGUUAGCUCUUAGCAAUGAGGCCUCAGUUGAAGAAGUUUUGACUUUGAACACGAUUAAUACUUUCUGCGAAACAACCAGGAUUGACGAGUUUGACUAUGGCGUGGAGGUUCCUCGAAGACCAUUUAUUUUGGUGCAUCAUGUUGUUGAAUUUCCUGGGGACGCAGUUACAGAGCCAUUGACUUUUGUAUAUCAAGCCGCGGGAAAAAGUAUGUCCAUUUUUAUUAUUUUAGUGUUUAAUUUUAGGUUCUGAUGAUAUGAUCACUGAUCAAGUUGAAAAGUCAGGUAAGUUCGUAAUGAUAUGUUGACACACUCUGUUUCAAAAUUAUAGACACGCCUGUAAAAUCUGCAAUUACGGUGUCGGGGUUUAAUUGACGGAUGCGGACCCUUAAACCCGAAAUUGGGCAGCUAAUUUUUAUACAUAUUCUUAAUCAGCAUGAUUUUUCGGUGAGGUAUGUCCUGUCUAAAAGUCGGAGCCCCCGUAAAAGUAUUUAGUUUGUUAGCUAACCACUUGUGAUUGUGGGCCCCAUAAUGCCUGAAAUUAUUCAUAUGACUGCACAGUACAAAUGUCUGGGCUUUAUCGACUUUAAAAUGCCUAGAUUUUCUUGCAAUUUUCCCGGAAAUCCUCUAUUUUGUGUAAUCAGGUCAGGUUGUGUAAUCUGUCAGAAGUUCUAGAUGCGACCUACGGUAUUUAAGGACUAGAUGCAGUCAGUUUUUAAAAAACACGUGGGCCUAAACGUUUUUACAAGAACCUAAAAAUUCCAGUGUUGAAGUUUUUGUAUAUAGCUUGUUCUUGUUUCACAAGUUUUGAGUUAAAAUUGCCGCCGCCUCUGUAAUUUUGAAACACCCAAAUUUGGAAAAUCUUUUGUUUAAAGUAAAAUUAUAGUGCAAUAGGAAAAAUUAUUUUUUGGUGAAUGUGUUCAAACCUCUAUCAAUCUGUAAAGGUUUCAAGUGAACCCCGACACCGCAAUUGCAGAUUUUACAGUCUGUCUGUCAUUUUGAAACAGUCUGUAAGAAUGUUUUAGCUGAUAGCGCAAGACCAAAAGAAACCGAAUACAUCCCUUUGUAUUACAAUGCUAAGGAGACCGUUGCGGUUGGUAUCCAGUGCAUUCGCUUACCUCCGGAGUUCGACAACACAGACUUCAAGGUACAGUGUGGAUUAUGAACAAAUAUUUCUUAGGUCUCCACGAUGCAUUUUGGUAAUGAUGGUUCUAAGCUUUUGGUUAUUAUCGACCCGUCUUCCUCCGCUUUGACCGAUUUCUCAUCAUCGAUUCUGGUUUACACUCGAAUACCUUCAUUGUACAUGUUCCGCCUGGAGCCAGCUUUGAAGUUCACUGUGAAGAAAAAAGUAAAAAAUGCGUAUUUUUUGGGCAACGACUACUUUGGCGCAUCAACAACUCAUCGCGACAGUGCCAGGUCGACCGAGCCGUUAAACGAAACCAUCAUCAUCCAUUAUGCAGACGGAACUCUGGAGAUAAUGGAUUUGGACUUUUGUCAAACUUGCAAGAUUGAGGCCGAUUCAAUCCUUGAUGUAACCACCAAGUCUUCGAACGCGUUAAUGGCCGUGACCACAUCGGGAAAGUUUGUCAAUAUUGAUAUUCAUACAUCUAUUCCUACGUGCCAUAGUGAUUUCCUGGAUGAAUUAAUUGUGGCAUUGAUUGAAUCAUCGGACAACGGACACAUCGACGAACACUUGUUUAACCGAGUUCUAACCUCCGGUGGCCUAAGAUUGAAAUACGACGAUGUCAUCGGUUCUAUUAAUGAAUCGCCCGCGAGUGCCGUGAAUUCUUUUGGCGACUUGAGGAAAUUGUUUAGGAUGAUAAAAAGCCAACCUUUAUGCCAACAAAGUAUUCCGAUUUCAGACCGAAAUCUAUCGGCAGGGACAGCGGCAAAUCUGUAAGGGUUUUUAAAUGGUUGCGUACUAAGACCAGGAAUUUUAGACAGAAUGCUGUGGGCGUCAGUAUUCAAACAUCCUCCGAGUUCGUGGAAUAUAUGCCAUCCAGAAAUCGUGGUAGCCCCCAAAAUCUUGCUGUUUUGGCGGCCACGAAUUGUCAGGAAUUCUCUGCCAUCAACAAGUAUGUAUAUAACGAGUUGUUCUCAUCUAAUCAUGAUGCAACAAGAGUAUGGCAAAGUAAGGUACAAAAGGACCAACAGAAUCGGACACUCAUUAUGGAAAUGACAAUUUCGGUAAUGUUAUGAAGUGGUUAAUUUAACCUCAUUUCUAUUUAUAGUUUGGGUUCAAUCUGAGCCAUCUGAAUAUAAAUGUUGGAUUUUGCGGCUUUGUUCGAGGAUCUCCAGACAUUAAGAUGACCAUUUACAUAGCCAAGUCUGGCAAUUCUACAAUUGUCGAGGAUCUUGGAGACGUUUUGCCCUCAUUACAAACUUUACCUGGUCCCAGCUCUGGUUUUUCAAUUGAACAUUAUUUGGAUUUCUUAUGUUCCACGAAAGGAAUAUUGGAAUCAAAUGUACGUGAUCUUUAAACACUUAUAUUUUUCUUUUAGUAUACAAAAGUUAUUGGUCCAAUUGAUGUUGCGGACUUUGUGGAUGGAGAGGGGAAACAAUCUGUAAUCCAAGUGUCGGUUGUACCAUUACUUCUGGCUGCUGCAGCAAUAAAUAAGAAGAACGGGUCUAUCAAAGAAGGCUGGCUGGCAGAUACCUAUCGUUUCUACAUUGUGUUUGAAGUGAAUGAAGCUUUGACGGAGGCGCAAAUGGAAUUCUCUGACAUGCAAACAAAUAUGUCGCAAUUUAAGGAUAGCGUAGUUACAGCUGGGGCCAAGCGCAGUCGAAACACUGAAGUUCCGUCGGGCGGAAUCAUUCCGUUGCCUCAGGGAAGACUCUCGAUUUCUGGAGAAAAGAAGAAGCAGUACACAAAAACUAAGUUUACCACUAGAAAAAGAAAUCAGGCGAUGAGCAUGGUUGCGGACAUUGUGACCACAAACGUGUUAGAUCCGUUUUACAAUGGUAAGGCCUGAGUGGUUGGUAAAAUCUUGUUUUUAGUCUUGCAGAAGAAGGAGUUUGUUUCGGCCCUAGAAUAUGUUAGCGUAUCUGCCUUCCAAUACACCAAUUCAUUACAAAGGCCAAACUACCAAAGGUGUCUUUUGUUUACGAAUUCAGACCUUCAUGACAGACUGAUUCGAAUCUUGGCUGGAGUUUCUGAUAUCCUUGAUAGCGAACCUUAUUACAAGACGGUCUCAUCUCAACUUUACGCAGUCGAUUUACUGCAGUUUGCCGUCUCUAACUUCCGUACGACCGGAAAUGCGUAUGUGGUCGAUUUAAUUAGCAUGAUUUUUUAGUUCCGCAAUGAGCAGACUGUUUAAAAGCGUGGUCGACGUGAUGCCAUUUAUUGUAUUCAACUGUUUUGUUGCAAGCCCAAGGGCUGUCGCACACAAAACCGCUGUGUUUAUUCUCGAUAUAGCGGAUCUGACCGCGAAAUUAGAUUUUAAUUUGGUCGAAGAUGCAUUCAAGGUCUUUACAACGUCAGUUAGGGAGAUUCUUGGCAACAAGAGGCGAUUCCGUUGUGCUGGGUCGAUGCAUUAUUUAUGUGUGCUUAUAUAUUCAUUGUGCAAGGUAAGUCGGAAUUGUUGGUGUGUAAUAUUUGUCCAGCUGAUCAUCUCCAAGUCCAUGUCUCCGGACACUCUGAAAUCCGUUCAAAAAUUGCAACAAGCUUCUUCUUCAAUCGUGCUAGAAGUUUCCAGGAUGUGGCAUUCCAAGCGGGCUGGAUGUAUUGGUCAGCCCUCCCGGGUUCUGUCACUGGAUGAGCUUUAUCUUUACGAUUACCCGUCUCAGGUUGCAGUGUGGGCUUUCCAACCAGAUAAGUUGGAAUCUGCAUGUGCCUCUGGCAAGGGCACUUAUGGCGCUGUAUUCAAUAAGAACGAAAGCGAUCGGUCUUUGGUGGAUGUCAGGAAACGGAUUCCUUCAUCUGCUUACAAAUCAUCGUUUGCUUUUGGAGACACUGCGGCCAAAACGAAUGAAGCCAUCAAGAUAGACAAAAGCAACAAGUACGAAAUAAAUACUGCCUUGGCUACAAUGUUAAUCUUCGACGAGAGCAAAGACGUGGGUUUCCUGACAUUUUUAUUUAAUCUAAGCUUAGGUUGAAAUGAAAUGGUAUGAACAUGCCGGAAUUUCCGCACUCAUUGCGAAUCAGGGUGUUCCAAAGACGAGUGAAAAGAAGCAAAUAUCAAGUUUGGGCGCUACUCGUAGGGCUAUGUAUGCUGCCGGCGGCAACGUUGAAGAGGGCUUCAAACAAGUUACUUCAGGGCAAAGUUUAGCCAAAAGCUGCAACGAACAACCAGAAGAAAAGGGGUUGGCGGAUGUUUUAUCAUCAGCAUCAUCUCGGUCUCUGUUUGAAACACUCCAGAAUCACUUUGGAAAGGAGAACACGUCUCGCCUGGAAAUGGGCUCCGAGUUCUUCUCAGGGCUUUUGGAAGCCGAACCGUUAUUCUUUGAAGUUGUUAAUUCGAACCAACACGUACGUGUGGUAGAUCUGAAUGCAAACAGAGAUGUUAAAAUGAAUGCCGACAUAAAGGUUGAGUCCUCGACUCCGCUGCCCAUGGACGAGUUCAGUGUCGAUCCCGAAUUGGAUGAUAUUACAAAAGGGAUCCAGACGAGAUUCGACUUCGAAAGAAAACGUGCGUUUAUGCCGUCGCAGAGUAAGAACCUGAAAAUCUUGUAUGGCAAUGCGAGGUCGAACGAUAAAAAGGUAAUUAAUUAUUAUUUUUCAUGCUUCUACGUAUCAAAUCUUAGGCCGAAAUGUUCAAAGGAUUGGCUGAAAUGUAUGUGUUAGGAUGCCACAACAAAUUUGUGCAAAAUAUACAAAGUUCCCCGAAUGUUUUGAAAAAUGAUCAGGGUCAUAAUAAGAGCGACGUCCCGGAAUCUGUCUUCUAUGAUGACAUGAACGUCGACGUGGAUGCUGAGGUUAUUCCGGAACUUGACGCCGAAGAUGAGGCUUUCUCCACCAAGGGUCUCGAGAUGACUUAUGACGCCAAGAAACCGUCGUCACGAGGCAACAGAUCAGUGGUGUUUAGAAGGCCUCCAAUGUUGUUGGUCGAAUUUGAGAAUUGCCACGCCGGACAGGUCUUUCAAAUGGUAUUGGAUCUUCAUUUACCCACCUUGAUCACCGAUUUUAUUAUUCCGGCUAAUGAAAUAAUGUCAGCCGUUUCUGUGGAUGGAUGGCUCGAUGAUGAACGCAGGAAGUCCAGAAUAGCCUACAGCACCGAGAUUGAGCGAAGGUCGUUGGUUUUGAAGAAUAUGAAUUCUCCCGAUUUGGUUAGAUACAUCAGAUUAUCAUUUACCAUCCGAGAUUCUCGAAAGAACAGAACGGCCUUUAUGGUGGGCAAUUUUUAUGGAAUUCGGUUCGUUUCUCCGUGGAAUAUCUACAAUCAUGAAUGUGAAGAUGAACUCCUGGAUGCAGCACUGAAAAUGGUAAGAAUUGCAAAAAAAAUGAAUCUUUUUUUUAGAAUUGCAUUGGCUUAAAGGAUGUAGAGAAAGCUACUGUACGUCUCAGGCGCCGUUACGAAACGCUGGCUUCACAAGCGAAAAAGUUGCUGACACAAGGAACACCCGACGCUAUGAAGACUUACAACGUUGCCAUGGCGGAUCGCGUGUUGUUUAAUACCUUCAACAAUAUCUUGCAACGCUCGAGAAUUGACAUGCAUCCGGCAAACGAGGUGUUGAGACAAAAGAAAGAUGAGGCCAGAACCUCCACGGAUCAGAGAAUGCGAGAUUGGUAUGGAUGUGAAACAAACUUUCUCGAAUUUUCGUGGAGUAAGCACAGCACGUGGGAUGAAGCCUCAAGUGAUGAACUGAAGUGCAUUCUUCACGAAUGGAUGCUGCUUUCCAAUGACAUUCAUUUCUUGUUGCAGACUUUUAAGAAAGAUGAUUUAUCCGAGGUAGGUUUCUGCAAUCGUUAUGUUUAUUGUUUUCAGUUCGUUUCUUCUGCGAAUGUGCCAUUAGAUUUGAACAGCGCUGUACUACUAUUUGGUUGUUUAACAUGCGACGUGGACCCAAGCAUACAAGCUCAGUCCUGUGCCUAUCUUUUCCAUCAAGGUAAUCGUAUGAUUUGGUGGCCAGACUUCUUCCCUGCCGUCAUCAAGAGGUACUUUGUCAAUGGAAUGUCAGAACAGAUAGAAGACGCAUUUGUUCGUUUGGUCUUUUUGUGCCACCAUUCAGUUCAGCAUAACGAUUUGAGAAUUCCAAUAAUGGAUCGGCUGUUAAAUUAUGUCAUAGAACUGACAACGAUAUCAGAUUGGACAGCCAGCAUAGAUACAAACCAGCUAUCUUGGGCUCUAUUGCUUAUGUCCAAUGCUUUCGAUGUAAUCGUUCCGAAUACUCGACACCUUGACCGAUGGGCUUUCUUAUCCGGUCAUUCUUGUAUAAACUACCUUCCCAACGUGCAGAAUUGUGAGAUCACUACAAACAGAAGGUAUACGCGAAAGGUGGGCACAGUAAAGGAUCACAACUAUUGGGGGAGCCCCGAUAUGCCCCAGUCGUUUUUGCAAGGAAUAACAAGCGCUCCAAUGCAAUAUACUGAUAAAUACGGCCAAAUCCCAGUCAUUGAACAACCAACAUGGGUGGAACUUCGAAGGCUAGCGACUGAUAUCAAGAAUCUUGGGAAGGACUUGGAUACCAAACUUCACAAUAAUAACAUUUCACCGGACACAUAUCACAUGCUGAAGAAGGAACAAAAGCAACUCAGUCAACUGUAUCACACAUCCCAGACAUGUCUGACUAAGGGAUCUAUGAACUUCGAGGGCCUUUUUGAGAAAGUUUUUCAGUCUGGGUUAGACAAAACGACAGAGUCUACAUCACAAGCACCGUUGGCGGCCCAAGAAGACACCGAAGAUGAUAAAAUAAAGACGGAUCAGGGGCAACACACCAAUGAUUUGAAACAGAGACUUCUGAAGAUGAGAAAGAACCUCCAAAUAUUGUUGAAACAGAUUAGUAAGUCAAAAUGAAAAUGAAAACUUUUUGUAGAAUACAGCCAAUACUCCCGAAAGAAGAUCAAUGAAUCUGGAAUAUCAAGAUCAAGACGGUUUGCAGUCAGAAUCAAAUUGAGGAAUGAUACUGUGGUGAAAAGCAUUAAGCUUCUAAUCAACUUGUUCUGUCGGAAAAGCAACAUUUUGUCGCAGGGAACUCAACUUCUUCUUUUCAAGAUAUGUUCCAAGCUGAGUGUACAUGGAUGUGCAAUUCCGGUUUCGUUCAGAGAAAUUAUGGAAUCGAUGGACGCGACCAAAGAGUUACUGGCAUCAGGUUUGAAUCGUCAUAUUCUUUCACAUUUUAUUCAUUCAUCUUUAGUGUUUGAAAACGCGGAUAGAAAUGAUUGGCUCCGGUAUGCUUUUAUGAGUUUUGUGCUGGAUGUCGUGGAAUCUGAGAAUGCCAUUCAAUCUGUAGUUUCCAUUGAGACAACCCCGUCGACAAGUGCGCGGAAUGCGAAUGUUAGCGAUACUGAAGAACCAAUUUAUUCACCGCAUUUUGAAGGUGAGAUAUUAUUAUAAAAUACAACUUAUAUGUUUGAGGCCCUAUUUGAAUUGGCUAUAACUUCUUUAUUUUUCGGCCACAUUUGAAGACUCUUUUUUUCCAUGACUCCUCAUAAUCCCCCAUUUUGUUUAAUAUCAAAUAGGUGGCAGGAACACUGAAAUCUUGCCAUCUUCGUCGUGAACAACAAAAGAUUUUUAAAAAAUGCCGUAAAAUCAGUCGUACAUCGUGAACGGUGGAGGAUAUUAAUGGAAAACCUAAGGCCUGUUUCAUAAACGAAAAAUAUUAAAUAAAAUAGAUGAAAGGGAAAUAGAGAGAACACCUAAAACGCAUUUCGAAGUGAGAGAGUUGCGACAGAUUGGUAGAACCCAUCUCUAGAGCGGCGAAUUUAUCAGAGCGAUCGGAGUCAUUUUUUACGUCCAAAACGGGGGGUUCUCUACAAUAAUCAGUGGAUAACUCGGCUCCCGGUGGGCGUAGAAUCGCCCUUCCAAAAACCAAAUAAAGCUAGUUCCAACAGCUGGGAGACUGACUUUACGGUCCCCCCUCUUUCGGGUGGCGCCUUUUCGGGCCCGCCUUUUGGGGUGGAAGACUUUUCGGUCCCCGUCCUUUCGGCUGGCGCCUUUUCGGUCCCUGGGCUUUUCGGGCGGGGACUUUUCGGGUGAUGAGUAAAAAAUUGUAAAAUAAGAUACUACUGAUGAUGCAAUAUUGUAAAUAAUUUAAAAAAAAAACUUUUUCAUCCGUUUUUUUUGGGAGUUUCGAGUUAGAAUCACCCACCCACCCUGCGACAUUUUCAAUACAAAACUUCAAAAUAACAUUAGAAGAAGUGAUAAAAGUUUAACAUUAUCAAAUCGUCCAUGAAGAAGCUGAAUUUCUAAUUGAAAUUGGCAUAAAAUCCUGCAUUAAAUCGGAAAAUUCAUUACUAGUAAUCUUAUCACUUACGAAUUGUGUUAUUACUGUUAUUUUCCGUUUUUUCUUUUGUAAUUCGUUAAUUAAUAAUUAUUAAUAAUUAAUUUUUCAAAUACUUUUUGGCAAAUGUAAACUUCUUUUUCGGAUUCUUCUCGGACGCUUAUCUAAAAGAAUCUGUUUUUUGGUCGAAAACCCCAAAACCGGAUGAAAAAGUUUUUUUAAAAAUUAUUUACAAUAUUGCAUCAUCAGUAGUAUCUUGUUGUACAAUUUUUUACUCAUCACCCGAAAAGUCCCCGCCCGAAAAGCCCAGGGACCGAAAAGGCGCCAGCCGAAAGGACGGGGACCGAAAAGUCUCCCACCCCAAAAGGCGGGCCCGAAAAGGCGGGGACCGAAAGUGGGGGGACCGAAAAGUCCUGACUCCCCAACAGCUACAUGCUAUGCAAAUUUCAUAUUUUAAGUGACAAAAGUAGUUAAAAUAAUGAAUGAGUACAAACGACUUCAUAUUGAUGCUAUAUUAGGCUUAUUGUAUAAAUACCCCACCUGGGAAUGUACCCGGGGAUAUACCCACGAUGUGAAAAUACCCGAAUUUUCCGGACCUUACUUUGAAACAGUUCAACUUUUUUUGUCCAACACAACAUCCCAUCUUCAGGCACACAAUUUAACAAACAUUGAAAUAAAAUUUUGGUUUUUUUUUUGUCUUUUUCUCCUUUUUACUGUAGUUUUAUAAAAAGGUAUAUCAUAUUUGGUGUUAAAAAUGGGAGAUUCUGAGGAUUCAGGGAAAAAAGAAUCUUCUAAUUUGGCCGAAAGAUAAAGAAGUUAUAGCCCAUUCAAAUUGGGCCACAAAGGCGCCCACGUUGUAGUUAUAUGAAAAAUAAAUUUAGGUCACAUCAAACGGCGCAAAGGAGAUCCUUUGGAUAAGGACGGCGUGAUGGAAGAGGGGGGUCCAGCUUUGUCGGCAAAUUCUAGCUUUUCUAUUGACAAAAUUGACGACGGCAUUCUCAUUUCAAAAACACUGGUCACAUCAGGUCUCCUUGAUCCAUCGUCCACUUGUGGAAUCGCGAACGAAGACCGUGAUUUUCAUCCAGGACUCUGUGACACGAGAACAACCAUCGGUUUGAAUCCCAAUUUCCCAUUCGCUUUCAAUUUGUUGGACAAUCCAAAUGUAGAAGAAGUCGAUUUGCUGAUAUUUAUGGCCAUGAUUGCCUUGAAGCCGCUAGACCUUAAAUCAACUCCGAUUUGGAAUAAUUACAGGACCUGGUUUUUGAGGGUUGUCGCGUAUAACGUGGCGCGUGCUCAUUAUGACCGAGGUGAACCACUAUCAGAUAUAUUCAGGUGGUUCGAUUAUGUUGUGGGUGCUGAGAUGGAAGCAGCAAGUGCAUCGUCAAACGUAAGAAAACCCCCUUUUCUUGUUUUUAAUCUUUAAAAAUAUAUUUGGCUCUUUCUGUUUUAGGAAGCAACUUACAUGAAAUGGGCUUUGCUGUCCAUAAUGAAUCCCAAAGAUUUUAUUGAAAGAGAGUUUAACUUAUCAACGAACAAGAAUGUUAUCCCCGAUCAGAGAACACCGUCGCAUACCGCUCUAGCCUGUGCUAUCUUCUAUUCCGACUUCUAUUCGAUGUAUGAAACAUCGAACCAUCCGAUGGAUGUGGAUGAUGAACAGAUGUUUUUGCCUUUGGAUGAUCGGUUUGAAGGUAUCUACAAUGAGGUGGUGCAACUUAUGAAAGGAUCCUCGUCUUUGGGAAGUUUUAACAAAGACCUUGAGGACAUCGUUCGAGUAAAGACAUCCAAAGAAACCCAAUCGUCAAUCAAAAAAGAAUUGAUCCAAUUUUAUGACGAUUGUGAGACAACCUAUCUUCCCAUCGACUGCAGCGAAGAUGUGCUCCAAUACGUUGCCUCCCGGCGAGUGAUACCUUUAAAUCAUGCCAUUUUCUCAUUCAGUAAACUACGAUUUUUACAGUCUGUUCUUCAAGUGGUAAGUAGUUGUUUCUUAAAAUAAAGCUGUUCAGCGACGAUGUCUCAAAGGGACUUCGUUGCAAGCCCCUAAUAUUGGUGACCUCCUUAAGAAUGUGAGUUUGGAUUCUCCCUACGUUAAACCAGUACAUGACGUCGUCGUGAACUCAGAGUCUGGCAAGGCUGUGUCCAUAACUCAAGACAUGUCCCGGACUCUGGAGAAGUAUGAAAUCGAGACAGGUCUUCAUUUCUUAAAUGUCCACUUGGCCCCUUUCCAAUUGGGUGUUUCUUUGCUGUCCUAUUCCAAUGUUGAACACCAUCCUUACACACAAUUUUGGAGAAUGGAAGCCGAAAGGAAAGUUCAUUUGGGCUUGUCCUACAAACGGAUGAGUCCGUCGAUGUCGAGAACUGUGAAGUCGUCCACUUUAUACGAUUUGUCGGCUCCACUCAGCUCAGGAGGAACAUGUUGUGGGUGGAUUUGUCAAGCAAUUGGCGAACUUCUUUGUGGAAUGGAUGUGCAGCGAGCCAAUGAAUUUGAAGGGAAAACAACUCGACUUGGUGGAGGACAGUUCUUAAAGUAUUUGGUCAUGUUUUACUCCGAUCUGCAGGGAAAUGUUUUUUCUCAAAAGGGGGCUGGUUCUGAGUUGACCUCAACGCAACGUUUGUUUGUCCUUUCCGAGCAUGCUAUCUCCUCCCUGAUGAAAUUUGUUGUUGAUUUCAACUAUGUCAGCAUCGAUAUUUGGUUGAAUUUAUUCAAAAUUCUGAUAUCUGUCGACGCCCCUCCGGAAGGAAAAGAUGUCGCCAUUGAGGGGAAGAACUACAAAUUCACGCAUUGGAUUGAGAACUCGGUCCAUUUCGAGAGACUUAUCUACGAGUUUUUUACCUCUUCUUUGGAUCGCUUUUCUAUGGUUACUCGAACAGUAAGUUUCUAAUUCCUUAUAAAGUAUUCGCAAUUUAAGCUGCCAACCUAUGGCCCUGCUGCUUGUACAGUAUUCCGCCGGUUUAUCCAGAUUGUCUUCACAAAGCAACCCUCGCAGGUUAUAAUGGAUUCAGUGCUCAAAGCGCUUUCUUCUCUGUUCAAGAAAUCUCGUGAAUUUGGGUAUAUAACAAUGCCUGUGGACGUUUUAAUGGAAUUGACCAACGCAAUAGACACGAUGGAAAAGGUUUGUCCCUGCGAUCCGACUGUGUUCGCCGAGUUCUUCACUGCCUUUGUCGACUUCACCGAGGACUUCUUUGAUGAAAUCGAGAAAACCAAGGCUCAUUUCCCCAGUACAGAUCCAGGCAUUUCGUCUCUUCAAAGCCUUCCUUCGGCUUUGCUGAACACCGUUUUGGAAUCAACACCAAUUCCCAGCAAUAUGUGUUUUAGUAUGACUUUGAACGCAAAAAUGCAACGGGAAAGAAAUUCCAAUUUGAUGGAACGACUUCGGUCUUCUGGAAAUAAUUCCACAAGCUCUGGAAAAAGCUCGAAGAACAUCACGUUCGUGAAACGAGCUGAUAUAUUGGAAAACACUGUUCGGGAUGGAGAAGUUAAUGUUGGUGAUCAAUUCAUGCAAUGUGCUUACUCUUUGAUGAGAAUGGUCGGUCGUUAUGUAUCUCAAUAUAGACCACAGAUCUUGAAAACGUUGCUGCAUUCGCAAAGUUUAGCCAUCAAGAGAUUGAUUGACACAAUGUUCAUGUUCGUUUCCUGUACUACAAAUGUCGACGAAAUCGCAAAGGAUAGGUAUGAAAAUUUUUGUGUACUACCACGCUUUCCUGGCCCAGACUGAUAAUCUUAUUUUAGUUUCAAAAUUGUGACAUUAGCUGAUGCGGUUGUUCAUCUUCUAUUGGUCGUAUCAGAGACGUCGAUGGAAGAUCCGGAAUGUUGUCGCCAAUUCAUCAGACUUGUGAUCCAAACUCUCAGGUCACGUGUUGAGCGAAGAACGGGCUUUGAGAACUCAAGUUCGAUGUUGCUAAUGGACUUGCCUGUGCCUGUGCUGACGUUGUUGAAAUCAUUAUUGCUUGGGGUAUCUCGAUGUCAGAUCUUCGUCGAUGAAGGAGGUCACACAUUUGUUGCUGAACAACUCCAACUUGCGCUGGAAUCAUGUUGUCACGACUGGCCUCAGGUAAAGAAGUUCAGUACAAUGACGAAGCAGUUGAAUAUGCUUUCCACUCACUUCACUGGAGUUGAACCGCUCAGCUCAAACUUGCCUUACAAUCACACCCCGGCUCCCGUAGAUGAGAAGAUCUUGCGACCAACAAUAAACAGCCAGCAAGCAAAAUGUUCAGACGGUUUCGGCAGCGGCCCAGUAAGCGUUAUCUUGCAUUAUUUAGGAACUGUUUAGAUGACUGAAAGCGUUAAAGAACCCGUUAAAUACAGUCUGGCUUACCCAUCGGUAAAUGUGAUAAACCCGAACAAUCAAUACUCCUCUCAGUUAUUUGGGAAUCGCCUUUCGAUCUCAGUGAAGGCUUCCAACAACCACAAUGCCCAACCUUUACCUCAGAAUGUGGUCAACUUUGCUCCAACUUGUUUGCUCAAAUCAGAAACCGCGGCCGUGGCUCAGCUCUCAGCAUUGACCUUGAUGUCGGACAAAAGGGGACGAGUUCAAAACUUUCAGCACAAAUUCCCUCCAAAAAAGCACUGGCUAGAUAUUACUUUCGUGUUGCCUUAUAAAGUAGUGCUCUAUGAGGUGGCUAUCAAAAUCCCCGACAAUAUGAUUCAUUCGAUUCCGUCAGCCAUCCAGGUGGAGUUGUGCUCCGAUCCCGCUCAAUGUAAUUGGCAACCGUUGUCAGCUCCAGUAAUCCCAAAUCCUGUAAAUUACAUCAGGAUACCGACUUACGCUUACAAAUUUCCGGUCUCAGGUAAAUAUUAUUUGUCGAAUAUUACGGUGCUUUUUACACAUACGAGGCAUGACUAAUUUAGCUGUCCGUCUUCAUCUAAAAGCCCCUACCACAUCAAGUUUGAUUGCCAUAUCUCAGAUAUUCCUUUUGGGAUCAAUUUCGAAUUCAGCUAUGAAAACUUUGAGUGAAUCCGACAUGUUCGAGUCUACUGUAAUGAACCACUGGAUAUCUCUUUUCUCCCGACUUUGUGCCAGAAUCGACGUUCCAGUGAGACAGUACGCUCCAACGUUAUCCGAGGCGCUGAUACGAGUAUAUUUAUGCGGAGAACAUUCCGCGGACAUUGUUCGGCAGAUUCAAGAUCUGCUUCUGAAGUUGGAUAGCAAGAACAAACCAGGUCAAAGCAACCUCAUUUCGUCGAUUGUGAUUCAUUUGAGUACGUAAUUAAUAAGGAAAUGCUUCCAAAUGCGACGGUCAGAUUUUCUUUAAAAUAGGGGUACGCGGAGAGCGGUCAGAGAAAAAAGCCUUUUUUCCUACUUUUAGACGGGACAUACCUCAAAAAAUCCGGAAAAUUGUGCCGUUCAAAGAUAUGUAAAAAUUUGCUGCCUAAUAUCGGGUUUAUUGGUUGAAAAUGCCCAAAAACGCGCUAAUUUUUCCUACAACUAGGCACAGGCAUUGCAAGCGAUAAAAAACAUGGUCAGUCUCUUCCUCCGAAGAGAGCGAUGUGGCCGAGUAGCUAUUGCGGAAGUCUGUGAAUCAAGGGGGUGGACACCUCACGGGUUCGAUUUCCCUUUUGGCUUUGAAUCAAGGUCUGGAAAAUAAAUUUAUGUGCCAAGAUCUUUUUAUUAAGUCUUAAAAACUGAAGACAAAUCAUUUUAAGCGAAAAUAAAAUUUGUAAACCUGUGAAAAAUUGAGCUGAAGGGAGUUAUGUAGAGGUUUAAAUCAAAUUGCAAUUGAUUUUUCACUCGUAAAGUCUGCGAUUGGGCAACUAAUUUUUACAUAUUCUUAGUCAGCAUGGUUUUACGUAUUUUUUGAGAUACGUCCCGUCCAAGUAGGAGCUCCAAUAAAAGUACUUUCCUUGUAAAUUUGCGCCAAGUUUCACCAAAAUCUGAGCGUCACACUUUUAGCACUUUCCUUAUAAGCAUAUUUUUUUCAUUUAUUUCUUUUUUCAGCGAACGGGGGAAGAAUAUCACAAAAAACAUAUCCCAGUGUAUCUGAGCUGCUGUUUACCAGUUGCUCAAUUUCUUCUCAAAUCGCACCAUCCAGAAGUCAAAACGCUGACAUCAAUCGUCCUGUUCAUAUUAUUCAUGGACUUGUUAUCGCAAGACAGCGUCAACUUCUUCAAGGUGUGGAAACGUUAUUAAAAGACACACUGAACGGAUGCUCGGAUGCGGAAGGAAGCAGAUGGAUUCGAGCAGAGGUCCUGAAUGAAGUCGCCGUCUUCAUAUGGGCGUCUGCGUGUGCCGUCUGGCAUAAUAUUAGCGAGGAGAGUGUCAGAUAUGAUACGAUUGCGAUUUGCCUUGAGAUGGCGCCUAAUCUGUUGAAGUAUGUAAAGCAGUAGCUAAAUGCAGCGGGCUAUAAUCUUUUUUUUUCUUGGAACUAUUUUUUGUUGUCCGCAAGGAAAAAAGAAGCCACCGAGAUAUUGAAGUAUCUUUUCCGCAGAGAGAGCAUGCUAAACGCGGAGAGCGGUCAGAGAGAAAACACUUUUUCAUCGUAACUUUGCUAGUAUCGUGCGGAAAAAAUUGAUUUUUUUGUAGAAACCUUUAUGGUAGAAAUAGAAAUUCGGUAAAAAGUCAAAAAUUUUCGCCGACUUUUUAAUCUAAAAAUCUCGGUUGUUUCUGCAAAGCGCGAGCUAGGAUUCACGCAUGUAUUUUAGAAAAAGUCAGUCUAAAUUUGUGCCAAGCUUCAUCAAAAUCUUAGCGUCACACUUGGGCACCACGACAUUUCCGGAAUUUGGACACUUCCGGAAUGGCGGAAUAGUGACACUUCCGGAAUGGCGGAACAGUGACACUUCCGGAACCGGGGAAAAAUCAAAGAUGAGGCUUAGAACUGCCAUCUGAACCAUCUGACUGGAUUUAUUGUUAUUAAUCUCAAAAAUUUUGUUAUUUUUUUUUCUGAUUGUUACUUUUUUCUUAAGUAGUAGUGUUAAAAAGUAAUUUUUCGAAUUUUUUCUAAAAAUACUCGAUUUAGGGGUUUUCAAGGUUGCUGAUUUCGAAUAUCGGGUUCAUUUUUUCUGAACUUUACUAGUUUUCCUUAAGCAGUAGUGUUAUAAAGUAAUUUUUUGAAAAUUUUCUAAAAAUACUCGAUUUAGGGGUUUUCGAAGGUGCUGAUUUCGAAAAUCAUGUUAGCUUUUCUCUUUAUAUACUAUCUGGUACUAUACAGUACGAGGUGAAAAUGUGACUUUUGGCGUUAAUGGUGUUGUUUUGAUGCUUGGUACUCCUCAAAAACACGUUUUAAAUAAUUGGUACUGUUUAGUACUGUCUGGUACUAUGUAGUACAAGGUAAAAAUUUGGCCUUUAGGCGUUAGUGGUGUUGUUCUGUUGCUUAGUACUCCUAUUUUCACCAUGUACUACAUAGUACCAGACAGUACUAAACAGUACCAGUUAUUUAAAACGUGUUUUUGAGGAGUACUAAACAUCAAAACAACACCAUUAACGCCAAAAGCCAUAUUUUCACCUCGUACUGUAUAGUAUCAGAUAGUACUAUAAAGAGGAAACCUAACAUGAUUUUCGAAAUCAGCACCCUCGAAAACCCCUAAAUCCAGUAUUUUUGGAAAAAUUCCAAAAAAAUAACUUUAUAACACUACUGCUUAAGGAAAACUAGUAAAGUUCAGAAAAAAUGAACCCGAUAUUCGAAAUCAGCAACCUUGAAAACCCCUAAAUCGAGUAUUUUUAGAAAAAAUUCGAAAAAUUACUUUUUAACACUACUACUUAAGAAAAAAGUAACAAUCAGAAAAAAAAAUAACAAAAUUUUUGAGAUUAAUAACAAUAAAUCCAGUCAGAUGGUUCAGAUGGCAGGUCUAAGCCUCUUCUUUGAUUUUUCCCCGGUUCCGGAAGUGUCACUGUUCCGCCAUUCCGGAAGUGUCACUAUUCCGCCAUUCCGGAAGUGUCCAAAUUCCGGAAAUGUCCUGAUGCGCACACUUGGGGUACUUCCCCUGUUAGCCGGAAACCCAAAAAUUUUCCGAGUUUUACCGAUUUCGGGCUCCAAAAUUUGGAAUGAAAAUGGAAAAGGUCAGUACGAGGGCCUCCGUGAACAUAGACCCGUCAUACUUAGUGGACAAACAAUGGGGUGUCUCAGCUUCAGUUUGAUGUAAUUUUUUUAGAAUUUGGUGCAUUAUUGGCGGAAAAAUACCCAAACAAGGGCGCUUGUGGAUUUUUUAAACCAAUUCCUUGUCUUUCAACUACUUUUUUCAUUUGCGGGCAGUGAAAAGUUUUUUGUGGAUAGCGAAAAGCAUGUCCUUGUUUAUAUAUAUUUUUUAAUUUCAGGUAUUUAUGUAAUGCCAUCCUCAAUUUUACGGAGAAAAUAUUCUUCGAAGCUUCGUGCUGGUUACUGUGUACUUUGGUUCGAGCAUCACCAGUAUUACUGUAUACCAUUUUGGAAUUACUUGGUGCGAACUCAUCCUCUGAACAUUCCCCUCGUCUUCUGAAGUCCUUAUCUUUGGUAUGUCAAUCUCAGUCUGCGGUCAAAUGCUUGUUGGAAAAGAAGUUUAUCCAGAAAUGGGCUGAUUCCAUCUACGCAAUCUGUCACAACGAAGCCCAUCAAAAGAUGAAACAACUUAUGGCAUUAGUAGAUUGUCUCAGCCAACUUAUGUCCGUGGAUCUGGUCAUCGAAUACUUUGAUUCCAACGAAGGGGGGUCAAUGUUUCGAGCACUUAUCGAAUAUCUGGUUAAAUUCUGCUCAAGUAAUGGCAGAACAUCAGAACAGAAUGGAAAUGCCCCGGGGAAGAAGCUGAUUGAGUCGGCGAUUAAACUGUUCCGGAAAUGCCUUGCAUAUGGAGGAGAUCAUCGCGAAAGAAUUGCUUUAAUUAUAUCCGACCUGAUCAACCAGAACUCAUCCCCGGUUCGGAAGGGACUCCCAUUGCCAGAGACCCUUGAAACAUUGAUAGCCAGACUGAUUAUCACAGAUGAAUCUAUUCUUGUAAGGUUGACUGGAGUUGUUCAGAACAAGAAUGGAGGAAAUAAGCAGGAUCUGAGUCGUAAGUUUACUGUAGGUUUGUGUCUGACAAGGGCUCGGCAAAACGCCGUCCCUUGGUUUUUUCUGGAAACAAUUUGAAAGAACUUAAGAAACUGGUCUAGAAGCGACUUUUAUUAUCUGCUAUUAACGUGCUGGCUAGCGAGCAUUUUUUAGUUCUAGGCUAGUCUUACCCUUGUUUUGAGAAAAGAAACGCGAUCACUUUCAAAAGUAAAGCGAAGCGGUGCUUCGGUAGCCGAGUGGGGUAAGGCGCUCCUCCUUAAAGUAGCCUACGGACCGCGUUCGAAUCCUCUUUUGAAUUUUUUGGAUAUUAUGCAACGAAUAAGCCUGGCUAGUUGUCUUUAAUUUUUGAAUAGACUUUUGUGUAUACUCGGAUCCGUUUUUAAAGAUUCGAUUUUUUUUGAUUUUGUCGUCUUUGACCUUGUGGGGGCGUCCUGGAUGGUUGUAACGAAAAGUACGUAAAAAUUGAGUCUGAUAUUUGAAACAUCUUUGCUUGUCUUGGGUUACAGGACCUAAAAGAAUGCGUAAUCACUUAUUGAGUGCAUCGACCUGAGUGUCUCAAGCUCGGAAAAAAUUUCGUAUUUUUUGAUCUGGUUGAAGGGUUCGAUCCCAUGGGUGACUAAUAUUUAUAUGAAAAGUGAUUAUUCGAUCUCAUCAGCCUGUCAGAAGCAAAGUGAAAAAAUGUGAUUGGCAAUUAAAAAAAAACGCCCGCUGGCCUGCGCGUAAGUGCAUAAUAGCAGCUAAUUAAAGGUGAUCCUAGACCAGUUUUUUACGCUCUUUCAUAUGGUACAGGGUGUUUCAAGAAAUUUGGAACAAAUGAUUUGCUUAUAUUUUUGUGUUCUUUGCGGCUAUCAACGAAUUUCUUUUUGCUUCUAAAAAUUGACAGCGUGCGUUUUUAGAAUCUCAAAAAGAAUUUUUUUUCGUCGGCGGAGGGUCCAUUUCUUGGCGGAGAAAAUUAUGGCCUUUUUUAAAAAUCACAUCGUAUUACGUGGCGGAAACGCCGUUGCAACGGCUGAAAUCAAGUUUACGUAACACCUCCAUGGAUUUUACGAUAUGCUUUUUUUGCGUUUUCGAUUUUACGCACUUCCGCGGAUGCGCGGCGGAGACCUCAGAUUUCGGUGGACGUUGUUUUGGGCCUUCGGCUUUUGCAAAUUCAUGUUGGAGAAGAGGUUGGGGCGAUUUUUUGUUUUCAUCAGAUGCACAGAUGGCAAAAAUUUCGUGCUUUUUAUCCCCGGCGGAGGAGUCGGCGGAGGCUUUAUCAAAGGGUCAAAACAAAACUCCGCCGAUUUGUCCGCCGGACCAAAAAAAUCAAAAAUCUUUGAAAGACAAUGCUGCUCUGAUGGAUUCUUGUAGCUGAGAUUUUUCCCGGACUCGUAAGACUGCUUUGACCCUUUGAUAAAGCCUCCGCCGAAUCCUCCUCCAGGGAAAAAAGCACGAAAUUUUUGCCAUCUGUGCAUCUGAUGACAACAAAAAAUCACCCCAACCUCUUUUUCAACAUGAAUUGCAACAGCCGAAGGCCCAAAACAACGUCCGCCGAAAUCUGAAGUCUCCGCCGCGCCUCCGCGGUGCGCGUAAAAUCGAAAACAAAAAAAUGCAUACCGUAAAAUCGACGGAGGUGUAACGUAAACUUGAUUUCAGCCGUUGCAACGGCGUUUCCGCCAUGUAAUACGAUGUGAUUUUUAAAAAAGGCCCCAAUUGUCUCCGCCGAGAAAUGGGCCCUCCGCCGACGAAAAAAAAUUUUUUUUGAGAUUCUAAACGCACGCUGUCAAUUUUUAGAAGCAAAAAGAAAUUCGUUGAUAGCUGCAAAGAACACAAAGAUAUAAGCAAAUCAUUUGUUCCAAAUUUCUUGAAACACCCUGUAUAUGUUUCAAGAAAAAACCAGGGGAAGAGUUUUGCCACGAAUACAAUCUGGACUCGUUUUCAGAAAGGAUGAUGCACCCCUUAUUUGGCUGUAAUCAAGAUGACAAAAUCAUCGAAGUGUCCUUGGGUACAUUAUGCGAGGAAUUUCUUCCUUGCAAGAAAGUUUUAGCGCCGACUUCCGUGCCCAUGGGGAAAUCCCCAAAGACAAUGGACAACGUGAGUUAAGAGAAAUCCACACGGUUACAUCUUUACAGUAUAUUGAAGACUUGUUCUUGGGAACCCAACUUAAUCUUGUGGACGAGUUUGCAGACGAAAAAGAGUCGAUCUCUCAAGUCGAUAAUAAGCAAAAAUCGAACAUUGAGCCCUCCAAUGAGUACCCAUAUACCUACAAACAGUUUGCCAUACAGGUUUCCUGUGGGGCUUACUCGACGAAACAUGCACUCAACAAUAAGUGGUCAUUGUCUAAGGUUGUGGAUGGAUUGAGAGCGAUCAAAAGAUUCAAUCCCAAGAAUAUUGACAGAGUCUCUUCGCUGGAACAAUGUUUGAGAGACGAUUCCGAUGUGAUGGAAGUUGAACUCGUUCAACCAUCCACGUCAAGGAUAAGUCCUUCGGACUCACAUUCCUUGGAUACGGCGAGAACCCAAAGCCGAACUCCUUCGACCUCCGGUGAUCUUCAUGAUGCUUUGAACGAAGGAGACCUAGCUGAUGGCUAUUUUAUGCUUAAUCUUAAAAUCAGAUCUUCCCUUCAGAACAACAUGUUGAAUGUAGUGGAAGAAGAGCCUUUGUUGACAGAUCUUUUGAGUGACAUUCCCCCUCGAGCAUGCACUCUUCUUCGGUUUGCACGUACAGGUGGUUUAAAGGCGUUGUCAAACUCCGUGGACGUUGUUGGCCGGGUUGAUUCAAAACUGAAGUCGUAAGUAAAGAUUAGUUAUUUUUUAAUUAGUUCAUUUUAUAGUGUAUCUUCUAUGCUCAGCAAGCUCGCAAAUCCUCAGCUUGUGCCAAUUAAGGAAGAGGUUGUCAAAGUGCGGAAGUUGUUGGGAAGGUUCUACGGUUAUACUGGGAACCAAUGCCAAGACCAAUCUGGCUUUUCUGCGCUCAACGGAGCUUUGCAGAGGCCUAUUUUUACAGUGUUGAGUAAGUUUUCUUUUAUUAUAGCUGCAAUUUUAGAUGUUUUACGUAUUUUGAAUGCGUGUGAAGCCGAAUUGAAGAGCACCGACCCUGUUUCGAAGGGUACCCAUGCCAGUCAGAGUGUUCAACUUGAUGAUUUUGGUUCUUUUGCUGCUUCACAAAUGAUGUUUGAUGAAGAUUUCGAGGAAGACAAUAUUUUUACAAAUAUCGACGACUUCGAUGAUCCCAUUAUGGAGCCCUCAACAUCCGCUGGUUUCCAAAAUUCGUCGAAUAAAAUAGUUUCUUCAGUUCCCAUCCUAUCGACCGUGUAUGACAUUGACGACUUUGAGCAAGCGACCAACGAUAUCUUCAUCUCCCCGGGCGCUUUUAAUGGACAAAAGGUUGUUUCGGUUCCGUUUGAUGAAUGGCCACCUGAAAUGUUUUCGCUUGAAAAGGUAGUGUUGCUGAAACCAAAAUUAACUAAAAGAUUUUCAGAAGAUGAGAGGAAAUGGAUUAAACGCAUACACAGAGAACUUUGACAUGAUUGUUGUUGCUUUGAGUGUUUUCCUUGAAAUAGAUGUCUACGGACCCGCUUUGGUUGAGUAUAACAGAUCUGCGGCCAAGAAAUUGAUUUAUAUUAUGUUGGGAAUGACACCACAAGGUUUGUCAAAAAAAGACCGUUUUAACGAAUUGCUUUAGAAUCAGAGUACAAUAUAACGGAGGGUCUGAGCCCCAGUCUCUCUCAAUCUGCUUUUGGGCAGAGUGAGUUAUCAACGACUGCAGCAUACACAGCCCAGAAAGAGCAUCUGCAGAAAUGGGCGUCCAAGUUGUCGGACCAUUUCUUUGCUGGAUUCUCUCCCAAAGAUAGAACAAAAAAGACAGAUACAGUGAUGGAUCAGCUCGCCCUGAUCCCGUUCUUUGUCUUAUCCAAGUGUUUCGAAGAUAAUUAUCCUCCAAAUUGCACAGUCCGCGAAGCAGAGACGGUCAGAAUACAAGCCAUGAGCAACGGAACCAUUGAUGUUUUGAUGACUUUGUUGUCCUAUUAUUCACAUCAAUCAGCAAAAAAGAAGCCGAUUCGUGGUGACGGAGACAUUUCAGCGACAAAACUGUUGGAGCAACUGAUCUCAUUCAAUGAAGAAUAUCUGCAGAUUGUAGAAUUGUGCUCCAAAGUCUCGAAGCCGAAUCCUCCGACUGCAGGUUUCGGAUCUUCCGGCUCUUCAUUGGCACAAAUGGCAUCCAGUUUACCAAUGGUUGGGCCUGCCACUUCACAACUGCUCCAACAAUUUGGAGCCGAACUCCAGAAUUCAUCGGCUACAUCCAAUUUACUGAAGCCAGUUGCAAUUCCAGUUUCAUCGGUCAUUUUUCCGUCGUAUAUGGGGGUCGUACCUGGUUCCAAAUCAACUGCUGACAACAACUUUUGGGCCAAGGGAACUGGAUUUGGAAGCGGGAACACCAACACUCACUGGAAUUUAAACCAACAUGUGGCAAAGCAAAGACAACAUGAAGUCACCGUCACCUGUCUGUUUAACGUAGGCUUGGUUUGGAAUUGUUAUUACUUGGUUUUAGAUUCUAACGAACAUUAUUAGACCGAUGCCAACCUCUGAUGUGUCCAGACUUCAGAAUUACGUGAAUCAAAACAACAAGUUAAAUGCUGGUGAGGAGGUCGCAACGCCCAUUUCGAGUGCUGUGGACGUUGAUUCAACUUCGGUGCAUGCGGAAUCCCCCCAACCUCUCCGCGCCUUUACCAAAGAAUUCUGUGAGAUUAUGAGGAAUAGUUGUUUAACAAAUACCCUUUCGGGAUACAUGCUGAAUGACUCGGGUAAGUGUUAUCGAUCAAACACCUUACCCUUCAGUCCUUGACAUUUCUUGCCAUGCCGUCGUCUAUGAAGCGGUUGUGGCAUUGCUGUUGGCUAUUUGCAAAGAACCUGUCUUAAGUUCGGUAGAUGGUAAAGAGUCAUUUAAAUUGGCGGAGCUGAUCACUGAUCCAGAAGUCAGUGGAAUAUACGAGGGAUUGAAAAGAAUAUGUCAAGUUGUUGGGAUAUAUAUGAACCGCUUGAAUAGCACUUCUGUAGCCAACCAAGAGAAGUCUCUGACAGUCGAUGAGGAGGAAACGUUACCUGAAUUUCUUCACGUAUCUGAAGCGGCCUUAAAAUGCAUGGAGAAUAUCGUAAAGGAGAAUCAGAGGAUGCAGCGCCCGGCAGAAAUGGAAGUUUCAGUAAGUCGUUAUAUUCAGUUACAGUCGCGCGUUACAGUUACAGCCCGACGACCAACGUCAUGGAAUUCAAAUGAUGGAAGAGGUCUAUUUAGCUGCUUUAAGAGAACACCAAUUCAAGACCAUUCCUUUUUUCCGGGGGGAUUCAAACAUGUUGUUUGGGUUCCAUUAUCAGGCUAACCUUUCAUCUGGAAACACGGCUAAUGGAAAGAGAAUGAGACGCCUGGCCCAAGAAGUUGUUAGUCUUUCUAAUUCCCUUCCAUUGUCCUUGAGUUCUUCGGUGUUUGUACGAGCUGCCGAUGAAAGAUUAGAUGUUAUGAAGGUGAUGAUCACAGGACCUUCAGAUACCCCUUACUCCUCUGGAUGUUUCGAAUUUGAUGUCUUCUUUCCCCAAGACUACCCAUCAACACCCAUGAUGAUGAAUCUCCAGACAACCGGGAAUCGGUCCGUUCGUUUCAAUCCUAACUUGUAUGAAGAAGGAAAGGUAAAUAUUCAUUUUUCUUGGAAAGCUUGUUGCAUUCCGGGUCAAUUAUGUAUAUUUGCAGGUUUGUCUGUCCAUUUUGAAUACUUGGAGUGGAAGGCCCGAAGAAAGAUGGAACCCAGCGGCAUCCUCCUUCUUGCAAGUGCUGGUUAGUAUUCAAUCCUUGAUUUUGGUAUCGGAGCCAUAUUUCAACGAGCCCGGCUUCGAAAGAUCUCGGGGCACAGUGACCGGAGAUCAAGCAAACAGAGAAUACACAGCCAAUAUCAGACAUCAAUGUGUCAGAUGGGCCAUGAUCGAAAUGCUAAGGAAUCCUCCCAAAGCGUUUGAAGAUGUGAUCAAAAGACAUUUCUGGAUUAAAAGAGAUGAAGUUUGCGAACAAAUAACCGAAUGGAUCAAGGAGACCAAAGAGCUCAUCGAAAAGAACCAGAGUGUAAAAGUUCUACCACAACAUUUAACUCUACUUGAGGUAAUAACGCUUUUAUUAUAAAUUAGGGAUAUAAAAACUGCUGCCUAUAUUCAAUAUUACUUACUUUUUAUCAACUUAUUUUUAGAAGAAUUUUGAUGCCCUUUUGAUUGAACUCAACAAACUGGAAUGCCCCGACCCUACCCUUUCUCAUCUUUCCUCGAUAUACCUCAAUGAAUAUCGAGAAAAAGUUAAAAAAACGAGUACGUAAAUCUUUAUCUAACGAUCAUAUCUUUUAUACCUUAAUUGUCUGUUUAUGUCUGAUCUCGUAUUAAUAACAGAUAAGGCGCGUGCGGUCUACCUUUUUUCGGACAUCGUCGCAGAAACCCCCCACAUUUCUUAUACGUGGGCCAACUGGGCAAAGUCUGCGUAGACUCUGCACAUACUUCGUUGAGUUCAGACAAAAAUCGAAAUUUUUCCAAAGCCAGACAAGACGUAAGCAAGUCGCCUGGGAUACAGACAAUUCGGUUUGUCUGAUCCAAGUCUAAAAAUCGGAUUCCUGGGUUUUCAAUCAUUCAUAGCUUUCACUGCCCUAUCUGGUGGUCGGAAGAUUAUUUUGAAUGAUCAGACAAGAGGUUUCGUCUGUAACCAGACAACACUGCAGGAGUUUUUGUAUGAUUUUUAGCCAGAAAACACGCAAACCUCUGGCAGCGGGCCCACAGACAGGCGAUCCGGGGUUUCUGCGACGAGGUCCGAAAAAAAUUUUAUUUAGAACGCAGGCACGCGCCUCAGUUCUAUAAUAUUUUCAUCGAAUAAAUUAUUUCCAUUUAUCAACUGCUUUACUUUGUAAUUUUUUUAUUUUAGUUCGCAUUAUCAUGCUUCCAUUGUUGUUUUUUCCUUACUCCCGAAGCGAAAACAUUUCAAAUUUUGAUCAAUUUUCACGAAAAAUUUUUGGUAAAGGGUAAUGGUAACCUCCUAUCCGGUGGAUAACUUAUUCUCGGGGUAACCCAUCCUCCCCAAAUCCUUUUUUCAUGGGUCCUGAUCGCAAAAAUGGUUAGGUGCAGCCAAAGAAUUUUAUUACUAAAAAAUUCUCCGUGUUUCUUGUGUUCUAUAUAGUGGUUUGAUUUUCAUGCCCAUAUCGAUUGAUCAACCUGUUUUUUUUGACAAGGAAAGUACUUUUAUGGGGGCUCCUACUUUUUGACGGGACAUAUCUCAAAAAAUCAGAAAAAAUGUGCUGAUCAAGGAUAUAUAAAUCUUAGCUGCCCAUUUUAGGUUUUUAGGGGUGAAAACUCAAUCGGAAAUUGACUUUAGGUCCUAUAUGAACGAACCCCUUUUCGCUUAAUUUUUCACAGGUUUACAAUUUUUAUUUUGGCUUAAAAUGAUCUUUAUUGAGUUUCUGAGCCGUAAUAAAUCAGUCUUGGCCCAAAAAUUUAUUUUUCCGACCUUCAACUUCAAAAAAAGUUGAUUCGGCCAAAAAGGAAAAUCGAACCCGCGCGGCGUCCUCCCUCUUGAUUCCCAGACUACAGCACUAACCACUCGGCCACACCGCUCUCUUCCGAAGGAAGAGACCGACUGCGCUUUUUAUCGUUUCGAAUGCCUGCGCACGUCAAGAUUUUGCGCUCAAAGGGUUAUCUACAGGGGUGGUCAGCGGACCCUAUUUUUCCGAUUUUCGGCCCGCGGCCCGGCCCGUCUAAUUACCGGCCCGGCCCGUCUAGUCUUUUUCCAGGCCCGGCCCGUGACGGGCCUGGCCCGGCCCGGCCCGUGCAGGCCCGUUUAUAGAGGGUUCUGCGAACUGCGCCCAAGCUUGGGAUCUAAACUUAGGCAAAAAAGGCGUUGAUAUAGCUAGUAAAGGAUCAAUGUGAUAGUCUUGUGGUUUUAUGAUGGAACUAUAGACUUGUAAACGUUUUAGAACUUGAGAAACAGCAACUAUAACAACAUCAAUUAAUUUCCCGGCGCGAAAACAAUGAAUGCCAACGGUUUGGCAUUGUAAUUUAGACGGGCCGGGCCGGAAAAAACCCCAGGCCCGCGGCCCGGCCCGUGACGGGCCCGGCCCGUUUGUAAUUUUCCAUUUUUGAGCCCGGCCGGCCCGUCACGGGCCGGCCCGGCCCACUGACCACCCCUGGUUAUCUAUCAACACGAAAGUUGGCAUUCUGUUUCCGCUUAUGGAAGUGUCCAAAAAAUCCGUCUCAAUGAGUUUUUUUGGACGAGGUCAGAGGAAAGGCGAAAUAUUGCGCAAAAUGAAGAGAUUUUCUAUCUCGAAACUGGCUCAUUUGAUUUUUUUCGUUUUAGGCUCAAAAAAUCCGCCUUGUUCCAGACUAUGUUUCCACGAAACUUCAAAUAGGGGCGAGGGAAAAUCUUAGAGAAAUCCUCGAAAUCGCAAAAUUUUUUAGGCGUUGUUAGUUUAGGCUUCAAACAGAUAGAAGACGACCGAUUUUUUAUAUGAAAUAUAUAUAUUCAGGUUAAGCAGGAGCCCAGCUUCAAAUUUAUGUAUGCAAUAACCCCAUUCUACCCCAUCUUCAUCGUGUAAUCAGGCUAUCUUUGGAGCAAAAAAUUAUUCUUUCGCCGAAACAGAAUGCCAAGAAUUUUUCAUUGCUUGAGCGCUUUUGUUUUAUUUUUUCUUGACGUGCUGCGCCUUUUGUAGGGAAAUUAACAAGGGAAGUACCCCAAGUGCGACGCUCAGAUUUUCUUUAAAUUUUGCACACACGUCGCACGUCAAACUGAGAUAAGCUAAAACAGUCCGGUGAAUAAAUUGGCACUUUGCCAAAAAAAGACGCGAAAAAACGUUUUGUCGGGGAAGAAAUGGGGAUUUUUUGGGGCGAGAGAAUACGCUUUUAUAUGUCCUUUUUCUCUCUUUCUCUGGAAAUCAAGACGAAAUGUAAAAAACCGAUAGCGAAGGGUCCAUUCCGGUCACCGGACUCCUCAGUUUGACGUGCGUCGGUCAUGAACUAGAUAUCAAUUCCUGAAAGUUUUAGCUCGCGCUUUGCAGGCGCCGCCGAGUUAUUGAACGAUUUAUGCCGCCGAGAGAGUACACUAAGCGUGGAGAGCGGUCAGGGAGAAAAACACUUUUUGGCCAUAACUUUGAUAGCUUUGUGCGGAAAAAAUUUAUUUUUUGUGAAAACAUUACCCUCUAUGAUAGAAACCGGCAUGAAAUUUUUCGUGCCGAAAUUCGGCAAAAAGUGUCAAAUUUUCGCCAACUUUCGAUCUAAAAAUCUCGGUUGUUUCUGCAAAGCGCGAACUAGGAUUCCCGCAUAUAUCCUUAGAAAAAAAUAUUCUAAAUUUGUGCCAAGUUUCAUCAAAAUCUGAGCGUCGCACUUGGGUCAGAAACUCAAUAAAGAUCAUUUUAAGCCAAAAUAAAAAUUGUAAACCUGUGAAAAAUUAAGCGAAAAGGGGUUCGUUCAUAUAGGACCUAAAGUCAAUUUCCGAUUGAGUUUUCACCCCUAAAAACCUAAAAUGGGCAGCUAAGAUUUAUAUAUCCUUGAUCAGCACAUUUUUUCUGAUUUUUUGAGAUAUGUCCCGUCAAAAAGUAGGAGCCCCCAUAAAAGUACUUUCCUUGUGAAUUCAAACGAAGGGACCUCGAUUUUGGACUUGUUUUUGGAGCUGUUCGAACGGACCGCAUUCAACCCACGGACGCUUGCGGAUAUUGUUUACAUACAUCACCCAUCUCUCGGCCCCAGUAAGCUAUUUUAUAUAGUUUAUUGACAAGCUAAUAACAAAAAGUAACAUAGUAGGACAAACCAUAUAGCUAUAUUUCGAAAUCUACGGACAAUGCAUAUAAAAAGAUCACCUCAAAAAAUUGGGAAAAAGUCUUAACCCCACCCUCUACCCCAAUUCUUGAAUACAUUCCUGAAAUUUCGAUUUUCAGAGCUCUCGGAGAGCGGUCAUCCAACCUUUCUUCCGAAUGAAAAUGCCGCCGAAUAA